UCCGAACGAUUCACAGUGCCACAUCACGCCACCGAACACCGUAACCACUAUGCAGACACUCUGGAUCCUGUGGGCCACUUUAGUAACGAUCGGUGCGAUUGAAGCAUCCGCACUGUUCACUCCCUAUGUGCCGGUCCAUCCCUUAGACGAAGGAUACUUUCCACGGCCCAAGCACUUCGGCGUGCAGACGGAGCACCCGUACGUGAGGUUUCCCGAAGAACACCGUUUUGUGGUACCCCGGGGGUAUUUGGCACCGUGGCAAGGACACGUUGAGCAGCAGCUACUCGUGCCGAAGGGCCAAUACGUGAGCUUCGUCGCUGGACCAAGCUCGCUGGUGGCCUACGUGCCCGUCCGAGCAGGAUCGCAGGGUCCCUGGGCCGUACCGAAUGUGUUCAUCAACGGGCAGGGCUACAGCACGAACCACUACAUCGCACCAUCGGUGAUGAAGAAGUACCUGGUGCAGGACCCUCGGUGA